CAGUCCAUAGAUACGUUUCGACACAUUUUAUGCUUCAUUAAAUCUGUCGAGGAUCGCAUUCUGGCAUUUGGACCUCGCAGGAGUUCUCAAGGUAUGGAAUAUGGCAGUGACUGAAACACAGCUUAUGUUAAGCGUCGGGUUAAUAGAGAAAGAUGUGAAUGGAGACACACUGUGGGUGUGGUGCUAUCCCUCUGUGAGCUCAGACCUGAGGCAGGUACUGCUCAGCAAGUGCUGUCUGACACAAGAUGGCCGCAAUUUCCACAGCUUUGUGUUUGGUCAGUUCUGCCGUACCUGGUACUACAUCACCACAGUGGAUGUACAGGAACCUACAGCACUAAACAAGGUGACUCAUUUUUCAAUAGUUGUUACAGCAAAAGACUUCAACCCUGAGAAGUAUGCUGCACUCAGUAGAAUACUCUGCAGGAUGUACAUCAAGCAUGGCAGUCCAGUGAAGAUGAUGGAGGCUUAUAUCACCGUCCUCACCAAAGGAAUUUGCCAGAGUGAUGAAAAUGGCUCGUUUCUAAUCAAGGACUACGAUGUUCGGAAGGCGUACUUGGCAGGAUCAGUCAAAGAUGUGGUGUCUCAGUUUGGUAUGGAGACUAUCAUUCUGUAUACUGCUCUCAUGCUGAAGAAGAGGAUUGUUGUCCACCACCCUCGGAUUGAAGUCUUGUUGGAGUUUACAAGAGUUCUGCCAGCUCUGACAUGGCACAGGAAAGACUGGUCCAUCCUGCACCCGUAUGUGCACCUGACUGCUUUUGAACUGGAGGAUUUAAAAAACUGCCCUGGGUACGUAGCAGGGUUUGUAGAUCCAGAGGUGAGUAAGAGAGCUGACCUGUUUGAUGUGUAUGUGAACCUCCCAGACAGCGUCAUUACAGUAUCCCAGAGUGCCAAAGAGGCCAUGGCUAUGGGGAAGUUACACAAGGACAUUGGUCACCUCAUUGUCCAGUCUGCAGAGGAUGCUGAGAGGUCAGAUAGUCAGGUGAUUAAGGACAUUUCAGUCAAGACUAAAGAGAUCCUUGCCAACUUGGUUGCCCUGGCUAACAAGUGUGAAGACUCUAAAAUCACACUGGAAGAUUUAAAGCAACACAAUUUCCCCCCUGCAACGGAGAACUUCCUCUUUCAUUUGGCAGCUGCUGAGCAGCUCUUACACAUAUAAGCCAACUUUCAGGCAUGCCACUGCAGGGUGACCUUAGUGUCAGCAGUUUGUUUUGUGAGCUGGAAUAAUUGCUGUGUUCUGAAAGGGUUCCGCACGCUCUCAUGUUGACUCUAAGUGUGCACAGGACACUUUCUGACAGUGAUCUUUAUGGUCAGGAAAGCAGCAAUGUGUCUUUAGUAUUAUAUUUUAGCUUGCACUGUUGUGCUAAUGAGUGAGAUGACACAUCUUGAACCAACACCAGGAUGUUUUAUAUCAUAGAAAUAAAGGAUUUUGGUCAUCAUUUCUAUUUUUCUUACUGUCAACAAAUCCCAUGAAAAGCCAAAACCAAGAAUGAAGUGAUCCCAUUAAUAACUCUGUGUAUCUGUAGCCUGAUAUUCUUUUGUGCCAUGGAGCUGGAGUUAUUCAUAAACUACUAGAAACACAUCAGUGAUGCACUGGUUGACAUGCUUCCUUAUUAUGAUCAGUAUGGGCACCACAGUUCAUUGUGACUCAGUCCCAAAUACACAGUCCUGCUGCUGUAAAUACUCACUAAAACACCAAUGUGUAUUAAUCCAUGGCUGAAAGUAGUCCCCAGGAAAGGCUUAAUUCAUUCCU